AGUUUGGAGAUUUGUUUAUAUCCGCGAUUUGUGUCGCAGUUCACGAUUAAAUACAAUUUUUUUAUGUUUUUUGAUAUUAAAUUUAAAACAUUUCUAAACGCUAUAUUGUUUGGAAGUGUUGUGAUAAUUUGGUUACAUGUUAUAAUUUUAUCCAAAUUUUUUAUUCAAAAAACGGGACGUAUUUAUUGUGAUUAAGAAUAAAAAAAAAUGCCAUCAAACGAUCCACCAGCUGUUUUAGAACGUUUUAAAUCGUUAAAAGCACAAUUGGAUGAUAUUGAAAAAGAACGUUUACGAAAUCAAAUUACUUUGAAUGAAAUUUUAAAAGAACAACAAAUUGCACAAAACGACGAAAAUUUUGCGGAGCAACGUUUGAAAGCUUUAUACAAAAAGGCAAUUGAAGAAUCUGAUGUUGAAGAAGCGUUACUAAGAGCAGCUUUAGCAAAAAUCAAUGAAAUACGAGCUAUUCGAAAUGAUCGACGUUUGCAAGCUCGUAAAGCUGGUAAUAAGGAAGCAGUUCGCCGAGGUACAUUAAUGAAAAAUUUAAUUACGUCUGCUCAAACAUUACCUUUAUUUGUUGGUAAACCUGGUGAAAAACCACCACCAUUAUGUGGUGCUAUACCAGCAGACCGUUCAUACGUUGCCAAAGAAGGAGAUAUGGUUGUUGCUUUAGUAAAAGGUUUAGAAGUUAAUUGGAUAUUGGCAGAAGUUGUAAGUUGGAAUCCUGUUACGAAAAUGUAUGAAAUUGAUGAUAUCGAUGAUGAACAGAAAGAUCGUCAUGUUAUAAGCAAGGAUCGUGUUGUGCCUUUGCCUCUAAUGCGUGCUAAUCCAGAAACUGAUGAAAAUGCUUUGUUUCGACCUGAAGCUGAAGUGUUGGCAUUAUUUCCACAUACAACAUGCUUUUACAAAGCUAAAGUUGAUCAAUUACCUGCAACAUCCACGGAUGAUUAUCAUGUUCUAUUUGAAGAUAUGAGUUAUCCUUCAGGAUAUUCACCAGCAGAACCUGUUGCUCAACGUUAUGUGAUUGCAAUCAAUCAAGAUGAGCAUGCCUGACAUUCGGAUAGUGAGGUUCCGAAUAAUGAACCUAUUCUAACAUUGCCCGAAGAAAUUAUGAAUAGUUUAGAAUAAUAUUGAACUGUUUGUUGCAAUCGCAAAAAAUAUAUUUAUAUUUAUUUAAAUUAUGCUUGUGUUUGUUUAUUCGCAACAUCAUCAUGGUAUUACUUCUUAGAUACAGUUUGGUUCAUUAUAUAAUUACGAUGAUAUCAUGAUGUAAAUAAAAAUAAACAAAACAAGCCAAAAAAAUUAUUUCUUCUUCCUAUAAAAUCAUCAUUAGAAAAAAAAUAGGGAUUUAAAGGCAAUUUUGCGAAAGAAAUCAUUGAAGAAAAUAUGAGAACUGUUGUGAAUUAUUUGGAUUGUACGCCAUUAUAAAAUGUUACU